UUGCUUCUUCCCUCUGCUUUUUUGCUGCAAGAGCGCUUUCAUUCUUUAUCGGCUCCGAGAAAAGCUCUCCUCAACGCAAAUUCGUAGCCAUCACUACUUCUCCUGCUCUCUUCCACUGAGAGAAAACUGAAAAAGAGGACAAUUCUGUAAACAAUUUUCAAAAAUUGUGAAAACCCUAGCUUGCUUACUCUUAAUUCUAGGGCUUUUUCUUCGUGUAAGGCAUGUGGGAUGAAAUUGAAAGACAUUGGCAUUCUGCUAUUGUAAGGAUGUUUGUUUUCUCGGUGUAACCAACAAGGAAUUUGCCUCUCUUGAAAUUCUAGGAUAGCAGUACAUGACUUUGACUUCCUGGGAAACAAUCAAUAUGGAGUCUGCAUGUGUCCUAGACAGCCUGCUUUAGAGCUAAGAAGUGUAACUGUGUAAGUAGUAGUAUAAAGCUGAAGCAAAAUCUGAAAUGACUGAAACUGUUCAUAGUGGGACAGGAGAAUCCAAUGUCAAAUGUUAUGAUCCUGAGAGUGUUGAAAGAUUAACUCUUUCAGAUACUAUUCCUAAAAACUCAAAUUGUGAAUCCUUGGGGGAAAAUGCUAUUGAAUUUGAAUAUCAAAACAGAGAUUCCGAGCCGUUGGGGCAGACCAUGGCCAUUAGAAAUGGAAAUGUGGAGAGUAAACCAGCAGAAACCAGGGUAGCAGAAUUUGAAUUAGUAGGAGAAUUAUCUCCUAACUAUAUAUCUGUAGAUUCUAAUAAAGAGGAAAAGAGACCAGAGUUCAAAGAUUGCAGAGAAAAUUCCAAGACUGAGCAGAUAAAAUUUCCUUUUGGCAAUGAGGCAACUAGUUCUAAAGUUGAAUAUUCAGCAGAACCUCUCCAAGUGAUGCCUGCCAAAUAUGUGUCUAUGGAUUCCAAUAAUGAGCAAAAGAUACCAAGCCUGCAAGAUUGUGGGCAAAAUUCCAAGAUUGAGGACAAUGUGGGAACUAGUUCUACAAUUGAGUCUGCAAUAGAACCUCCCAAAGAGUUACCCACUGAAAACAUCUUCACAGAUUCCAAUUUAGAGCAAAAGAAUCUGCCACUUAAAAAUUGUGGGUUUCAUUCCAAUCUUGUGAUGGCAUUGCCAUCUGAAAACAAGGACAACAAUUUUCCAGUUCAAUAUCCAGCAGAACCACCAAAUGAUGUGAUUAAAAAUCAUGAUUUUGAACAGUUAAAUGAAACUCAAAAGGAUGCAGUUGAAAUUCCCAGCGAACCUUUGGUGCAGAAAAGUGAAAAUGAUGAGAACCUAGGUGAAAGAACUAUAGUAGAAUCUGUCUGUAAUGAGGUAUUACUUCCCUCUGGAGAUGUAGCUGUCAAUUCCAGUUUGGAGCAAAAGGAAUCAGCACCGGAAGAUUUAACAGUGGAUUCCAGCUUUAAGAACUUGGAAUUGCUACAUGAAAAUGAGGAAGCAAUUUCUAUAGUUGACCGUUUGGCAGAAUUACAUGGUGAUGCAUCUGAAAAUCCUGGCCAGGACUUGAGUAAAAUGCCUAGAGAUUCAAAUGAAAAUGCUACUCAGUUAGAAUGUGGAGAUAAAAGGCCUACUGGGUGUUCAAGGAAGAGGAAGGCUACAUUGGGAUCACCUGUAAUCAGUACCAGAGUACUACGCUCAAGAACACAAGAAGAACCUAAACCUGUUGAACCAAUUCAUGCUUCAGCAAAUGAUAGUGCCACUGAUGAAAAGAAAAGAAAAAGGAGAAAAAGAAAACAUAGUAAACAAAUUGCUGUAAAUGAAUUCUCAGGGAUAAAAUCCCAUCUGAGAUAUUUACUGAGUCGAAUAAAAUAUGAACAAAACUUAAUUGAUGCUUACUCUGCUGAAGGCUGGAAAGGACAAAGCUUAGAAAAAUUAAAGCCUGAGAAGGAGCUUCAACGUGCAAAAUCUGGGAUUUUCCAUUACAAACUAAAAAUUAGAGAUUUAUUUCAACGCAUCGAUACAUCACUUUCUCAGGGAAAACUUCCAGAAUCUUUAUUUGAUUCUGAGGGACAGAUCGACAGUGAAGAUAUAUUCUGUGCAAAGUGUGGCAGUACGGAUUUGCCAGCUGAUAAUGAUAUUAUCCUCUGUGAUGGUGCUUGUGAACGUGGAUUUCACCAGUUGUGUUUGGAGCCACCUUUGUUGAAAGAAGACAUUCCACCAGGUGAUGAAGGCUGGCUAUGUCCUGGAUGUGACUGCAAAGUUGAUUGUACCGACUUGCUCAGUGAUUUGCUGGGUACUGAUCUUUCUGUUACCGACAGUUGGGAGAAGGUAUUUCCAGAGGAGGCUGCCGCUGCUGCAUCUGGAAAGCAGUUGGAUGACAUUUCUGGAUUACCAUCGGAUGGUUCUGAUGAUGAUGACUAUAACCCUGAUAAUCCGGAAGUAGAGGAGAAUGUUUCACAAGAUGAAUCAAGCUCUGAUGAAAAUGAUUCCUCUGAUGCAUCUUUUGAUUUGGAGACCACUGCUAAUGAUGGUAUCCUGCUUGGGCUUCCUUCUGAAGAUUCAGAAGAUGAGGAUUUUGACCCUGAUGCUCCUGACCACGAUGAGCAGGUUAUGCAAGAUAGUUCUAGUUCAGACUUUAGCUCUGACUCUGAGGAUUUUGGUGUAGUAUUUGAAAAUAACACAUCACCAGGCCAAGACCAAUGUGAAAAAAUUAAAGUAGGUGGAGCAAAACAACAGUCUUUGGAGACCACUGCUAAUGAUGAUAUCCUCCUUGGGCUUCCUUCUGAAGAUUCAGAAGAUGAUGAUUUUGACCCUGAUGCUCCUGACCAUGAUGAGCAGGUUAUGCAAGAAAGUUCUAGUUCAGGUUUUACCUCUGACUCUGAGGAUUCAGGCCAAGACCAAUGUGAAAAAAUUAAAGUAGGUGGAGCAAAACAACAGCCUUUGAAGGAUGAAGUAUCAUAUCUUUUGCAUUCCAGUACUGUUCUUGCAUCUGGGAAAAGACAAGUGGAGAGGUUGGACUACAAAAAGCUGCAUGACGAAACAUAUGGAAUUGCGUCCUCUGACUCUAGUGACGAAGAUUAUGAGGAUAAUUCACCUCCCAAAAGAAGAAAGAAAGGAAGCGACAAAGCUGGUCUGAAGUCAUCUGAUCAAUCUCCAUUAGAUGCUAUGGACAAGAACUUCAAACAGAAUGAAAUUGAACAUACUGCUAAUAGAAGAGCCAGCAAGAAGUUCAAUGGUGAAGGCCUGGUUGUGUCUGAAUCUGGUUCAAGUGGUAAAAGAAAUUCCAGAUUUGGAGAAGAUGCGAUUAAGAGACUCAAUGAAGCCUUCAAGGAAAAUCAUUAUCCAAAACGAAAUGUCAAGGAAAGCUUAGCUAGAGAAUUAGGAUUGACUCUCCGGCAGGUUGAUAAAUGGUUUGGAAAUUCACGGUGGAGCUUUUACCAUCCAUCAGCAUCACGCAAGGAACCAAUUGCUAGUGAAACUCCUCCCAAAAGCGGGAUUUCUCUGCCACAAAUGGAAGAAGCCACACCCGAUGUUCAGGAAUGCCUCAAUGGAGAUAUGAAACUGUUGCAGCCAGAGACUAAAGAAACUGAUGUACUAAAACAUACCACCCCAGAAUCCAAAACUACAAGCAAUGCUGAUGAUCAGGCGUCUAACCAAAGUUCCAAAACGCAGAGAUCAAAGAAGCGUAAUACCCAAGUUGAUAUUGCAAACUCUCAGCGGGCACGUAGAAGCAACAGAUAACAGACUAAAACCCGCCCUUCUGAUCAAAUCAAUUUUAAAUAGAACUUCUUGUGUAGCGCAUUACCUUUGACAAAAGCUAUUUCUAAACUGGAGGAUUGAGAAAACUCGGUUUCGGAGGCAUGGAGUUCCCUUUCGAUACUUAACUCUUUUAGUCUCUUGCUAAUUCUUCCCCAGGCAGUAAUGUAGGUUAGAACCUGGCUGGCUACCUGUCCAACCAAUUUUGAAUAUGUUUGCAAAUUGCAACCUUUUCAUUAUUUGUUUUAUCCGUAGAAGUCAUGUAUUUUUAUUUUUUACAGAGUCGCAUUUUCAGACUAUGUUAUCUCUUCAGACACCAUUUAUUUAGGGUUUUCAAGGUUGUUGGUUGACCAAACUUAUCUGUAAAUCUGUACCUCUCAACUACAACUCUGGAUGAUAUGUAGAUGCUCAUGUAACAUUAUUGUAUCCUCCAUUCUGUGACAUUUCUUUUAAAUAA